AUGUCUAACUUUCUUAACCACGACUUCGGCUCCGAAGACGAAGAGGAUGAUUUCAACCCCGCUCCCCAAGAAGAGUCCGAUGUCGAGGAUUCGAGAGCCCAGCCUACUAAGAGAGAAAGAUCACGCGGCCACGAGGAUGAUGAUCUGAAGUACCAACGCCAUGUGCACGAAGAGGAUGAUGCCAAGCAUGUCGAAGAUGACGACGACGAGCUCGAGAAUGAAGUCGACGAUGACGACGACGACGAAGACGAAGAUGAAGAUGAGGAAGAGGAAGUGUCAAGUCGUCCACAAAAAAGAGCGAAGCGCGUGGCCAAUCCCUUCAUUGAAGACGAGGCCGGCGUCGACGAAGAGGAGGACGAAGCCGAGGAUGAGGAGGACGAGCUCGCCGAAUAUGGCAUGGAAACACAUCCUGAUGAUCUCGAUGCGCUACCUCAGGGCACCGAGACAGAUGACCGCCGGCAUCGACAGCUGGAUCGGCAGCGCGAAAUCGACGCCAGCAUGGAUGCAGAGAAGCAGGCACAGAUGCUCAAGGAACGUUAUGGGCGCAACCGUGCUGCCGCAACAGAUUCACUCGUGAUCCCCAAAAGACUCUUGCUCCCUAGUGUGGAAGACCCUAGCAUUUGGGGUGGCCGUUGCAAGCCUGGAAAAGAGAAGGAGGUUGUAUAUUCCAUUCAGAAACGAAUCGAGGAGCGCCCAGCAGGUUCCCGCAACCCCAUCCGGAUUAUCUCAGCUUUCGAGCGCGGAAACAUCAUGCAAGGCUGGUUCUAUUGUGAAGCUCGCAGACAGGCGGAUGUUACUGAAGGCUUGGAAGCCAUUAACUUCUACUAUCCAUCUCAGAAGUUGACUCUGGUCCCUGUGAAGGAGAUGCCAGAUCUUCUUCGUGUCCAAAAGUCAGAGGAGCUUUUGCCUGGUGGCUGGAUCCGCAUCAAGCGUGGCAAAUACCAGGGCGAUCUGGCCCAGAUCGAGGAGGUAGAGACUAAUGGAUUGAAUGUCACCGUACGACUUGUUCCUCGACUGGACUACGGCAUGAAUGAUGAUACCUUCGGUGCUCCUGUUACUGAUGCCAAGCGCAAACGUGGUGCGGUGAACACGGUCCGUCCUCCUCAGCGCUUGUUCAGUGAGACGGAGGCAAAGAAGAAGCAUGCGAAGUAUCUUUCGUCUACUUCCGGUUUAGGUGGAAAGUCAUGGAAUUACCUGAACGACAACUACGUGGAUGGUUUCCUCAUCAAGGACAUGCGUGUCCAGCACUUGAGUGCCAAGAACGUUAACCCCCGGCUAGAGGAGGUUACAAUGUUUGCCCGUGGAGGAGAAGACGGAACUGCCAAUUUGGAUCUGGCGUCACUGGCCGAGACCCUCAAGAACUCCACGGCUGAGGACUCAUACCAACCGGGUGACCCAGUAGAGGUUUACCGGGGUGAGCAGCAAGGUCUUAUCGGUCGCACAGUGUCAACUCGAGGUGACAUUGUUUCAUUGCAAGUCACCGAGGGCGAGCUGGCCGGUCAGACAAUUGACGCGCCUGUUCGAACUCUACGCAAACGAUUCCGAGAAGGUGAUCACGUCAAGGUCAUCGGUGGCAGCCGAUACCAAAAUGAACUUGGUAUGGUUGUCCAGGUCAAGGACGACACGGUCACUCUGCUCAGUGAUAUGAGCAUGCAAGAAAUCACAAUUUUCAGCAAGGAUCUUCGACUCUCUGCUGAAAUGGCCGCCGAUGGCCAACUCGGCAUCUACGAUGUUCACGACCUCGUCCAACUUGAUGCUGCCACCGUUGCUUGUGUCAUCAAAGUGGACCGAGAGUCGCUCCGCGUAGUUGACCAGAAUGGUUCUAUCCGCAACAUCCUUCCUACGCAGAUCGCAAACAAGAUCACCCCCCGUCGCGAUGCCGUAGCUACUGAUCGUAACGGCGCUGAGAUCCGUGGUGGUGAUACCGUUCGCGAGGUUUACGGGGAGCAGCGUAGCGGAGUAAUCCGCCAUAUUCACCGUUCGUUCCUCUUCUUGCAUAAUAAGGCGCAAGCCGAGAACGCCGGUAUCUCCGUGGUGCGGACAACAAAUGUUGUUACUGUAUCCGCACGAGGUGGUCGGACGACUGGGCCCGAUCUCACCAAGAUGAACCCUGCCUUGGCAAUGCAAAACCCUGGCGGUGGUGGUGCGAUGCCACCUCCUCGCCGCGGCCGUGAUCAACUCAUCGGAAAAACCGUGACCAUCCGCAAGGGUCGUUACAAGGGUCUCGUCGGUAUUGUUCGCGACGCAGACGACAGCUCUGCUCAGGUUGAGCUUUACACAUCUAACAAACCCGUACACAUUCCCCGUGACAUCCUGACACCCAAAGAUCCUGUUUCCAAACAGCCCCUAUCAAUGGGCCGUGGAAGAGGAGGAGGCGGUCCUGGAGGGCGAACUCCCUACGGCUCUUCGAGUGGUCCUGGGAGAGAGGGUGGUUGGUCGGGUGGUCGAACACCGAUGGCCUCUGCUGAUUCAUCCAGGACCCCUGCUUGGGGUGGCGCCUCCGCAAGAACUCCUGCUUGGGGUGGCAUGAGUGGUUCUCGUACUCCUGCCUGGAAGGCCGACGGCUCUCGCACCGCUAAUCCCUAUGAAGGCAACCGCACCGCCUAUGGAGGAGUUGGCAGCCGCACACCGUCCUGGACCUCGGGCUCCAAGACCCCGUACGACUCCAGCUCCGGUUUUGACGCCUUCGCCUCUGGGUCCCGCACCCCUGGCUGGGGUGCAGGUGCCGCUAACACAGGCAGCCGCACUCCCGGCUGGAAUGCCAUGUCCAGCAGCCGAGACCAGCGUGAUUUCGACGACGCCCCCACUCCUGGCGGAAACUACUCUGCUCCCACUCCCGGCGCAUACACUGCCCCAACCCCUGGCGCACCAACCCCUGGCGGAUGGCCCGAGAGUGCGCCCACACCUGCCCCAACUCCUGCAGCAUUCGAUGCGCCGACUCCGGCAAUGGGCGGUACAGCUGCUACUCCUGGCGCUGGAUACGGUGGUAAUGAUGGCGGACCCCGGUACGACGAUAGUCCGAGCCCGUAA